CAGUCUAGAACUUGGUGGCAUCUCGAUUCAGCGCCGGAGAGACUGCCUUUUUCCUUAUGCUGAACUACCGAGAAAUCCGAAGGAUUGGAAUCAGACGUGGUUCUAUUGCUAGGACACUUCCCCGGCUGACGAUAACCCUCUGCCCAGCUUCCGCGCUCUGCGACUUGAAUCAGAUCACCCGCUGCCGGAUAAGCUAACCGCUGUUGAACGUCUAUCACUUGCCCCUACCAUCAAGAAGAUCAAAGCCCUCUUAGGUAAUGGCUUGAACGGUAUUGAUUUGGUGCGAGUCUGGAUCUCCUGGCAGGUGAUCCCGUUAAGCCGCCGCCCUGGCUUAAUGUGCUCUUACACUGGCGAAAAGGAUGACCCACUGCGUCAUAGUCCCGACGACUUACCAGAUGAUGUGGUGGAGGCUACAGCCCAAGCGUUGUUGAAAGAGGGCACGGUGACUAGUAAUGCCUUUGGCUUACUUCCUUUCUGCAAGAAGAACCCGGCCCCCGCAGCCGAUGACAACUUCUGGAAGGUCAAGUAUGACCAUGAGGCGGCCAAACAAGCCAGAGCGGCAAAAAGAGCUGAAAGGAAAGCCGCCAAGACUAGAACUUCGAAGAAGAGGAAGCCAAGCGCUUCCGAUAUGUUUAAACUUGACGACACUGAUGACGAUGAAGAAGAGGAAGACACGGGGAACAGCCGAGCCGUCGAGGAAGUGGUAACUAUAAUCUCCUCCGACUCCGAGCCCUUGCCGCGUCAGAAAAUUCGAAGAGUAACCCGGAAAGUAAGAUUUUCACAUCCUUUGGCUUACCAAGAUCCUCAAUUUAUUUUGAAGCAACAACAAUUGGAAAGCCGGAGGCAGACCCGGACCAGCAAGGAUGUAGAGCUCUCCUCCGGCUUACCUGACGUAAUCAGGAAGCGUCAGACUGAGCCGCCGCCUGAACCAGCCUAUGACAUUCCAGCACCAACCUCUGAUCCACCCGCCGAAGAUACUCUCAACAGCUCUGAUAACCCGAAAGCUCCUAGCCCGGCCAAGACAAUUGAUCCGGAAGUUGAGAUUCUAAAGAAUCAGUUUGUUGAGCCAGGGCAGCCCACUGUCCUUGCCAAGUGCUCUGCUAAGGAGGAACUGCUGGAACACCGAAAGGCCAAGCUAGACAUUGCUGACUAUACUCAUUUAAGCAUUGGCGAUAUAGUCUCUGGCUAUCUCAAUCAACCCCCAAGUCUAUUGCUUAUGAAUAAAUAA